CUUUCUUUCACAUGUUUUGUUGACCCUUGUUCAGGCAUCGAUCGACUCUCGUUUUGUGGACUUUUCGAAAUCGUCCUCUUAGUCUUCCCAAACUCGAAACCCUAACCCUAAUUUCUUAAGAAAUCUUUCUCUAUCCAUCUCUAUUUCUACUCUCAACUUCAUCAAUCUCUUGUUUCUGCAAAACGAUGGCAGCUAAACCACUAACAAGCGAGACAAUAGCUCUCACUGAGAAGAAAAUGGACAUGACAUUAGAUGAUAUCAUCAAAAUGUCCAAAAGUAAUACAACUAAAGCUAACAAGCCAAGAGUUUCGCAGAAUAGAAACCAAAAAUUUGUGAACAGUGCUGCCCAAGAGAAGUCCACAAAGGUUCGGAGGUUUAUGGACUCAAGAUCCUCUCUCAGACAGGGGGUUCUUGCACAAAGAAGGUCUAAUUUUCAGGGAAACCAAUUUCCUUUAGCAACUGAGGCUGCACGAAAGGCUGCAGUUGCUCCUUUCCGCAACAGAGCCUUUAACCGAAGCAGGGGAUUUAAUGUAAAUAAACUGAGGGUAGGGGUGCCAACUGUUCAGAGGAAGGCAACAAAGGGGAGCUUUACUGUGAAGCAACCACAGCCACAGCCACAAGUCAACACAGUACCAAAGCAGAAGCCUCAGACCCUAGAUUCACUGUUUGCAAACAUGAAGGAACAGAGGAUUAGGGCUUUAUCUCAACAGAGCAGUGGAAGACGAAAUGGGGGUGGCCAGCCAAGGCACCAGCAUUGGGGAAGAGGUCGAUUUGGCAACUGAUAAGAGUCUGGUGAGAAACACACAGCUUGAUUGGCAUCAUUAACUGCUUGCGAGAUAGUUCGUGCUUUACUUUGCUAGUUGAAGUAGUUGGGUGGCAUUGAGAAUGCAUUGCCUUCUACUGAUCAUCUUUUUUCUGUUCGUUUCUUUGUUCUUGUCAGUUUUUUGUAGUAUUUUCCCUUAUAUACUCUCCAGUCAUUUGCUGUGGCAUUAUCAUUGUAUAGCCAUCUCUCUCCUAGGUCCAGAUCAUGGAUGUAAUUCUUACUUUCUGGUUGGUGGCUGAAAAAGGAUGUUACUUUGUGUUUCUCCAAGUAAAACAUUUGUGUUUGUCUCUGCACUAGGAAUUUGCUAAGAGAUUGCGGGGUGAACGAUUGGGGCUUCAAAAUUUGAAAAUGUGCCAUCAUUUGGAUGAACUAAGUUUCAAUGAAUUUCAGAUCUAUGUGAAUAGUUUGUUUCCUUUUGUAUCUGACUGAGAAUGCAAGCUUGUGUUGUUGAGCGCUGUUUGCUUUGAUAUGUUA